CCGGGCGGAGCCUCCCACAUUUCCCCCUACCUGGCGCUGGUCAUCCAGGUUAAUGGAUAAACUUCCUGUCUGCCAGACCGAUACCGGAGAGACAACCUGUCACAGGCACCUUUUUCUUUUUGCCAGGCAAUAGUUCCGGUGUCGAUGUUUCUGACAGAGACCCGACCCAAAGCAAACCCGCUCACAGCUUCUUUCAACCACUGCAGGGGACUUUCCAGUUGGUGGACCUCUAAAAAUGGACCGAUACCGGUACUUUAUAUUCAACCAGAAGGGUGUGCUGAUCCUGGGCAUGCUGCAGAUAGCCAGCGCAGGUGUGUGCGUGGUGUGCGGCUUUAUGGACGCUGUUUUCCGGAAGGACACCCCGCUGAGCGGCAGCAGGACGCCCGUGUGGGGAGGACUGAUCAUGGCCUCCGCAGGUGUGUUAGCGCUGUUUGCAUCUCAGAGGAAACAUGCUGUGUUGGUCAGUGGGAUGGUGGUGGCUGCAGGGCUUUCCUGUGCGACUGCAGUCCUCAUCAUCGGUUACUCCUGCCUGACCCUGACCUAUGGGGAGGAGGAUGAAGACGUCUUCCACCACCACCAAAGUGCCCGAGUGACUUUUGUCCUCCAUCGGAUGGUGAAAGGAGCCAAUGCCACCAUCAUCCUGACCUGCAUCGUCAGCAUGGUUCUGUCCUCGCUCAUUGGUUACGUGGGCGUCCGCAGUCUUCCCUGCUGUGGCUGCUAUGACUCCAGAACUGGACUGGAGAGCCUGGUUCCUCAGAGUGAUCCUGGAGACACUGAGCUGGUGUGUACCUGGCAAGCAGGUGGUGAUGACAGGCUCUUUAACUCUCCUCAAACAUCUGAGGGAGUCAGCAGGGAGGAAGAGGAGGCUCCCCGUGACCUUCCUCCAUACAGCAGACUGGCCUGACCCAGAGCCCAGCAGCUACAGGGACGGCUUCCUAACAUCCGCCUGUGACCGGUCACCGCUCCACGCUCAGAUGGCAUCUGUACACCCUUCAGUCCCACUCCACUGACAGAGAGGAGAAAUCUGUUGAAAGCCCAAAGACGUUAAGUUAUUAAAAGUAAACCAUUAAAUAUGGGUCAGCGAUAGAUCAGGGCUGCUUCCGUCACUGAGCCGCAUUCCUCUGGACUCGUCUGUAUUCUUCCUGUUUCCACAUUCUGACCAUGUUUUACUGUUUUCCUGCCCAGUGUCCCUUUAAAGCCUGUGUACUGUGUGAAUCUAACUUAUGAUUUUAUGUUGAAUAAAUCCAUUUGAAGUGUUUUUUUUAAAACAAAUGACAGCCUCAGAUGAUGCUUGUCAUGGAAGUUUAUUGCAAGGUGAUACACGGUGAGCCAAAACAUGUUCUUGUUACACUGCAGCUGCUUCACUUUUUUU